AUGGACUUCGUCGAGGGCCUUCCGAAGUCUAAAGGAUUUGACUCGAUCCUAGUGGUAAUGGACUGUCUUAGUAAGUAUAUCCAUUUCUCUCCCUCAAAACACCUAUUUGCAAUUAAUAGAUGUGGCAGCCGUCUUCGUCAAGGACAUUUGUGUGCUGGCAUGGGUUUCCAUUAUCCAUUGUCGUCAAUUGAGGGAGCAUCUUUACUAGUGCGUUCUGGAAGGAGUUACAUGCACUCCAAGGGACCUUGCUCAAGAUGAGUUUUGCAUACCACCCGAAGAUGGAUGGCCAAAUGGUAGUCAUCAACUGGAGCAUGGAGAGCUUACCUACGUUGUUUUGCAUGUGACAAACCAACAAGUUGGAGCGAACAUCUGCACUAAGCCGAGUUGAGCUAUAACAUGUCGUUCCAUUAGAUGAUCAAGACAUCACCAUUCCAAGUUGUGUAUGGGAUAGAGCCCCAACCAUCAACGCUAAGGGUCAACAGCGUCCCUUUAGACGAGAUGGACCACAUGUUGGCAGAACGGGACGCUAGCUUGGAGCUGCUAAAGAGUCACUUAUCCAAGGUACAAGCAUCCAUGAAAAAGGAAGUAGAUCAACAUCGUCACGACAUGUAA